AUGCCCCUCUGGAAAUGGCUGCUCCCGUUAUGUGUGCUGGGGUUACUGUAUCGAGCUCUCAAAGAAGCGAAUAUCAAACCUGCUGGCUGGGUUGUUCUUCCUGGUGCAGGAGGCGGUCUUGGUCAUCUUGCCGUACAAUAUGCCAAAGCCAUGAAUAUGAGAGUGCUUGCUAUUGACACUGGCACUGAUAAAGAAGAGCUAUGUAAGAGCCUUAGGGCUGAAGCUUUUGUUGAUUUUCGAAAGGUGUCGGAUCUUGUUAGUACAGUAAAGGAUCUUAUGAAUGGAGGUCCUCGUGGUGUUCUCGUACUUUCGACGAGUGCUAAAUCUUAUCAGCAAGCUACUUAG